GUCAGUUGGAGAAUUAAGAUGGACGUGGGGGGUGCGUAUGGUGCCGGAAAGGCAGGAGCGCCUUUUGACCCUUUAUUAUUUGUAAAAAGACCUCAAGUUAUUGUUAAAGGUGUUUGCCUUUUUUUUGGUAUAAUUGUCUUCUGCUGUGUAUCUGGAGCAUGGUAUGCUGACAUUCAACUACAAAGAGAAGUGUGUCUCUAUAAUAAAAAGUCUAGUCCAUGCCACUAUGGGGAAGCAAUCGGUUUACUUGCUUUUUUUGCAUCUCUUGGUUUUCUUGGUGGUGAAUAUAUGUUUGGACAGAUGUCAUCUGUUAAAUCAAGGAAACACUUUGUUUUAAUAGACCUAGGAUUUUCAGGUUUUUGGGCAUUUAUGUACUUUGUGGGCUUCUGUUAUUUGGCAAAUCAAUGGAGCAAUACAACUAUUGAUGAAGAUAUACUAGAAAGAGAAGGCACCAGCAGUAUUCAAGCUGCCAUAGUUUUUUCAUUUUUUUCAGUCUUUUCAUGGGCUGCUUCAGCAUGGCUUGCAUACCAAAGAUUCCUUCAAGGAAAUAAUGCCAUGUUUGCUGCUGGUCUUGAAGGUGGUGAAGCACAAAUGACUGGUGCAGCUGCUUUCUCGUCAUAUUCUCAGGAUGACCAACCUUAUCAAGACCCACCAUUUUCAAACCAACAUGAAGGUGGUGGAGAAUAUCCCGCACCAACCUACUAAUAAAUCUUGUAAAUUGAGAUCCAAUGGGUAAGAGCAGUAAACAACUGUAAUUUCAGUUUUGCUCUUACAAGUGUAGUAAUUUAGUAAAGAGUCAUCUGUGUGCUUGUUGGAUAUCACUAAAUUUGUAUUGUUUUUUGCAUAGAUUGAAAUUAAAUGACAAUAUAAAUUUUUCGUUAUUUGGUUUUUAGUGAUGUAUUUUAUCAUGAAAGUUUUGUUUCCAAUGGUCUGCAGACAAUGAUACUUUUUCUAAUGAUUUUCAUUUGGACUAGAACUCCUUUGCUAUUUUUAACCCUAAGAAAAAUGCUGUAGCUAAAAUAAACAGUUGUAAAAAUUUGAUUUUAUAGAUUUGUGUUUGCAAACAUGUUAAUUAAUCACAUGUUCGUUACAUAUUUGAAUUGUUGAAGACUUUGCUGUUUAGAACUUAGUUGAUGUAUAGUCAGAAGAUGUUCAACAAAUGUAAAUUGUUAUAUACUUUAACAAAAAUUUAAAAUAUUAGCUGUUUAUGUAUGUAAUUAAUUGUAAGAAGUGGAAAUACUAUUGUGUUAGCUAGUCCUCCAGCGAUUAUGAACUUUAUAAAAUAAAAAUAAAUAAGAAAAAAAUUAUGCUUAUUUAUGAAAUGCUGUAGUUUAUUGAAACUAUGAUCAUGUAAUAUUUAGGCUUACUAAGAUUAAUCUUUUAUAUAAAUAAUUGUUGUACGAAUGUUAACAGAUAAAUUAUAGUUUUAUCUUUCUUAAUAUUAUUUUUGUUUCAUAUGUGUAUUAAGUUAAUUUAUCAGAUUUAUUAUUCAAGGUCAAUAAAAUAAUUUUUAAUUUUAUUUCAUGCUGACAUUUCUCAGCAAAGGUAAUAUUUCCUGAGGUAUAAUAUAAUUUAAGAUAAGUUAAUAGUUUAAUUUUUAUUUGUACAAAAUUUAAAGGAUUAUUUCUUAUAUAUAUAUUAUGGAUAAAAAUAUUGUGUGCAGUUUACUUUAAAGUUCCGUGCAUUAGCUAAUAUUUUUGUUUUUAAGUGAUGUUGAUGUGAUAUAAUUAGUUAUUAAAAAAAAUGUUUUGUUUAAUUUAU